CAACACCCCUCUCUCUGAAUUUGACUGCAUGAAGACAGCCUAGGCAAGAGGACAGAGCAAUAUUUCCAGAUCACUUACACCAGGGGAACCUGAGGACCUCAGCUGUAGCUGUUAUCUGAAGAUGGAUCUGAAAUUUAUGACGUCGUUUCCUAAACAAAUGUCCCGUGAAUUGGAAUACUAUAAUGAAUCCAAGGAAAUUCUAAAUGGAAUUUACCAUGCAUUGAAUCAGAGUGUCCAAGAUUUAUUGUUUACCUCUGGUUCGAUUAUAAAUUAUGGGAUUCUGUUCAUGGUACUGGGUGGAUUGGGAGGGAGUGGAAUUGUCCUUUGUCAUCUCUGCUUCUAUAUGAAGAGGAACCUGUUCUCUGUCUACAUUCUCAACCUCGCAGGAACUGACUUUAUCCUUCUUUUCUCUUUUAUUAUGGACUGGUGUUUUAGAAGGUCAAUUCUUAGCAUCACAAUGAGUGGGUUUCUUUCCUAUACCAUGAGACUUGCCCUCCUGACAGCCAUCAGCACUGAACGUUGCCUGUCAGUCCUUUUCCCUAUCGGCUACCAAAGUCAUCGACCUAAGCUCCUGUCAGCCAUCAUGUGCGCCCUACUCUGGGCUCCAGCUGUCCUGGACAGUUCACUAAGGCGGCAGCAUUUUCCACCUGCAUCUCGUUUCCUUGAUUUAUUCAACUUUUAUGGAACCUCCAACAAAGUGCUUUUUUUCAUUCUUGUCAUAGUGCUUUGCAUUUCCACCCUGACUUUCCUGCUCAGGAUCCAAUGCAGCUCACAACCACAUGAGUAUUCAGUGCUCUUCCUCCUCAUCCUGCUCAUGGUCCUCUUGUUCCUCACAUGUGGCAUUCCCUUUGGUAUCUUUACUUUUGUGAGAAGUAGAAAUGCAUAUUAUUUUCAGAAUAUUCUUAUUUUGCUGCUCAGUGGAAAUAGUUUUGCCCAUCCACUUAUUUACUUCUCUGUGGGAAGCCUGAGGCAGAGGAAACUUGGAGGCCCUCUUAGGGUGGUUCUCCAGAAGGCCCUGGAGGAUGAGGUAGACACAGGCGUGGAUGGUGAAAUGGUGUAA